AUGGCUGUGUGCAGGAGCUUUUUGCCGGAGGGCACUGUUAGCAAAGCACGCUUGUCGCUGCUUCGCCAAUUUCAACGUGCUGGCUUGCUCGCAGACGGCUGUCCACCGGGCCAGGCAGUAUGUGGAGCAAACAUCGAAAACGGCAAGCCCGAAUGUUUCUGCUCGGAAGAGGUGUUGGACGUCUUGAAUGAUAACGACUUGUUUAAGUUCUUGGACUCUUUGUUUGAUGAUGCUGUGGAAGUGGUCUUCGAUUCAGCCAACCUGCGUGCUGUGAAGCCGGGGCAGCGCACUGGAUUCCACACUGACUCUGUCUACAUGGGCAAGCUCAUGGUACCUGGCCGACCCCCAGUCCUGGCAUGCUGGAUUGCGCUGAUGCCAAUUUCCCUCGAGUUGGGGGGCCUCGCCCUGUGCCGGGGUUCAAACUCACAUCCAGGAUUUGAGAUACUGCGCAGAACUUAUGGAGAGCUGGACCUAGAUGAGAACGACAUUGGGGGCACUGGUUGGUUUUCCGAGGAUCCCGAAGAAGUCUCAAGAUUGGGUGGUCUCUGGGAAACAGCCGCAUACGGAGCAGGAGACGUUGUGAUUUUCACAAUGCACACCAUGCAUGGCAGCUCCACGAAUCGCACAGAUUCGUGGCGCCUCUCCGUGGAUUUCCGUGUGCAACCUUCUCAUGCACCACCGACACUGGUUUCCCAAAACAAGGGCAGGUGGUCUCGGCUCCGUCACAGCCAAUCGGAGUUUCCACGUAGUAUGGACGAGGCCAAGGCUGCAUGGAACCUGCACGAGGCAGCUCGUGGCUCGAAGCGUCCUGCUGAUGAGCCUGUCGAAAACGGCCGUGCACAUGAUGCCUCCAUCUGCUGUUGUUUUUGCUAUCGGGCCGGGUUCUGGUACAAACUUUGGAAAGCAUCCUUUGGCCCGAAACUGUUGCCACAGAUCUGCAUCGGCGAAGAAUGUUUAAGAUUUGUCCAUAUGCUCUAG